GCGCGCACGCUUGCGGCGAUUAUUCAGGUCACUUUAUACUUCAUGCAAGCUAAUUAAAGAGUACGUGAGAUAAAAUUAAAUUGAUGAUGUUCUCCGAGAAUGUGUCCGCAAGAGAUAAGAGAGUGCAACCUUAAACGGUGGUAUAAACAACCACCCCACCCUCCAGCUUCUCUAGGUUGAUAUAUUCCUCAGUUUUAUCACACAUCAACGCAGCUCGCCGAGCGCUCUCGAGUGCCGCCGCGUUCCCCGGAUGUGACGUACAACGAUACCUUAUUUAUAUCGGCGGAAAGCAAGGACAUCCUACGUUCAGACACGUGUGGUGGUUGUGGGCACCACUGAGGAGUUUCAGGUCGAAAAAAAAACGCUCGGGUGGGUUUUCUCUUACUCCCACAGGCUAAGCUCAAGCGUCUUUAUACAAGUGUGACGUUUGGCAGCAUCUGAUGACAUUACGGACCGCAAAGACUGUGUUGGAUUGAAGCUCCGAGGUGAACAGAACUUACCGGUCUGUGUGAACACAGGACCACUGUCUUAAACUGAAAACCUCCCCACAAGGUCUGGACUUUUUGCACGAUGGCUGACUAUUUAAUCAGCGGACAGACGUGUUAUGUGCCCGACGAUGGUCUAACCGGGCAGCAACUCUUCAACUGCGGAGACGGCCUUACCUACAAUGAUUUCCUGAUUUUGCCUGGGUACAUUGACUUCACAGCUGACCAGGUGGACCUGACAUCAGCACUGACCAAACAAAUCACAAUGAAAACUCCGCUGGUCUCAUCACCAAUGGAUACGGUCACAGAAUCUGGAAUGGCUAUUGCUAUGGCGCUGACAGGUGGAAUUGGCUUUAUUCAUCAUAACUGCACACCUGAGUUCCAGGCCAAUGAAGUUCGCAAGGUCAAGAGGUACGAACAAGGUUUCAUCACUGAUCCAGUGGUGAUGAGUCCUAAUGAACAGGUUAGGGACGUCUUCCAGGCUAAAGCUCGACACGGUUUUUGUGGUAUCCCAAUUACGGACAACGGUCAGAUGGGCGGACGCCUGGUCGGCAUCAUUUCUUCGCGAGACAUCGACUUUCUGAAAGGGACUGAGCAUGACCUACCUCUCAGUGAGGUAAUGACCAAGAGGGAGGAUCUUGUUGUAGCUCCAGCAGGAGUGACGUUAAAAGAGGCCAAUGAAAUUCUUCAGAGGAGCAAAAAAGGUAAGCUUCCUAUAGUGAACGAGGAAGGAAAUUUGGUGGCCAUCAUCGCUCGGACAGAUCUGAAGAAGAACAGAGAUUUCCCUCUGGCCUCAAAAGACUUGCUUAAACAGCUGCUUUGUGGCGCUGCCAUCGGAACGCACAACGACGACAAAUACAGACUGGAUCUGCUGGUGCAAGCUGGUGUGGAUGUAGUUGUCCUGGACUCGUCACAAGGAAACUCCAUCUUUCAGAUUAAUAUGAUUAAAUACAUAAAGGAGAAAUAUCCCAAGCUACAAGUUAUCGGCGGCAACGUGGUGACUGCGGCUCAGGCGAAGAAUCUGAUCGAUGCUGGAGCGGAUGCCCUGCGAGUGGGAAUGGGCAGCGGCUCCAUCUGCAUCACGCAAGAAGCACCUCUCAGUAUUCCUCCUGGUUUAACGCUCCACAGCCCCAAAACCCCAACUACUGUUACAGGAUACUCCAUGCUGGCGUGUGGAAGGCCACAGGCUACAGCUGUUUAUAAGGUAUCAGAAUAUGCCCGGCGGUUUGGUGUACCUGUGAUCGCUGAUGGGGGAAUUCAGACAGUUGGACACGUGGCUAAAGCUCUUGCUCUGGGCGCAUCUACAGUAAUGAUGGGGUCAUUGCUAGCUGCCACCUCUGAAGCUCCUGGUGAAUAUUUCUUUUCGGAUGGGAUCCGUCUGAAAAAGUACAGAGGGAUGGGCUCGCUGGACGCCAUGGACAAAAACCUUGGCUCACAGACCAGAUACUUCAGUGAAAGUGAUAAGAUUAAAGUUGCUCAGGGAGUUUCAGGGGCAGUUCAGGAUAAAGGCUCCAUCCAUAAGUUUGUUCCAUAUCUCCUCGUUGGAAUACAGCAUUCCUGCCAAGACAUCGGAGCAAAAAGCCUGACACAGCUGAGGGCGAUGAUGUAUUCUGGUGAAUUGAGGUUUGAAAAGAGAACCAUGUCCGCUCAGAUGGAGGGAGGAGUACACAGCAUGCACAGCUAUGAGAAGCGCCUUUUUUAAAGAAGAAACCACAAAUGCCAGUACAUGCACAGCCGAUCACACAUACGCCAUAAGCCCCAUUGAAUGUACUUCCACACGUGCUUUGCACAUACAGACACCCGAUCACACUUUAGUACCUCAGCUUCCUCUUUCUCGUCUUCCCGGCCGCCUUUCCUCUGAGCAAGGAGAGACACAGUGUGUGAAUGUCUAUAUGCAUAUGCCUGUGUGUGCGAGAACGUGUGCGUUUGCAUUCAUUUGUGUGGUUGUGAGGAGCACGUGCUGUAUGUAUCAGAUGCCUUAUGUGGCAAAAAAAGAUUUUAAUGUUCAUAUUCAUUCGACAACUUGGACGUGUCUGGAAAUAUAUUUUUUGCCCCAGAGUGUUGUUAAAUAAAAAUAAAUGAUAUAUGUACAUGCAUCAUUUUAAGCAAUAAACAAUCAAGACUAUCAGUCUGAAGAGGAAAACGAAAUACGUGUGGUCUGUGAUCUAUAUGAAACAGGAAGUGUUUAUUUUGUUGGAUUUUCUGUCUUUUAAGUUUUAUAAAGAGACUUGGUAGUUCUGGUUUGGAGUCUGUGUACCUUAAUAAAAAAUUUUGUUAUAAUUUGUCUAACCUGCAUGCGUUUGAACGAAUAAAAUUUCAAAUUCUGA